UAACUGUAGGCUUUCUGUCAGAUAGGAUCCCUCAUAGGUACUAUACUUCUUAUAUAAUAUGAUAAUUUGUAUAAUUAGGGUUGUUUCCAAUUUUUUGAAACCUUUGUAUUGCGUUCUAUAUUAACCAAACGUUGCCCUAAAAUUCAACUUUUACCUUUAAAGGUCUUCGCACACUAUAUCAAUUCCACACCAACUCAACUCACUUUUGGUUCAGCUUAGUGGACGACGAGUGGACGACGCGUAGACCACCCGACAGUUACUAAAUGUUAAACAUUGUACUGUAGGACAUACAAGAUAAGGCUUUAAUUUCAAUAUUUAAUUUUGAGUCGAGUGGCUGGUGAGUUGUAAUAGUGUGCUAAGACCUUAAAACGGCUUUAAAUGUAUUAAAUUAACAAAAUAUAUUUUGGCUGAUGCUUUCGCGCCCAAAACGCUCUUUGAAAAUUAUGUGACGUCACAGUUUACGGUUUGACACAACUAUACAUACAGAACAAAAUUUGAUACUCAAGCCGUAGCCAUUUAGGUGGUGGGCAAGCCGGCUAAUGCUUGAGUAUUAAAUUUUGUGCUGAGAAUAGACAACGGAGGGGCCUCGGUUGAUCGGGUUGAUUAUGGAAGGUGGAGUUAAGGAAAUAAAUUUCCAUGUACCAAAAAGUGUCAUCAAAAAACCUUAAAUAGGUGGCGCUACCAUACCUAGAAUACUUGAAAAAAAAAAAAACAAAUUAUAGACAGCGCACUUCACUCGGUAAAUAACGCCCAGGUUCUUAGUUUUGUUCUUAGCUACUCUAGCGCUACUCUGGGGAGAUUAUAGCUGACAGCUGCCAUAAGAGAUUUCACUCCUCUUAAAUCCACACUCCAUAGGGUUGAUCACCUAAGAACUGUCAACAGUGUCAAACCGAGAGUUUUGACGUCAUCAGAAUCUUCAAUGCGUUUCGUUCGACUUAGGUCACGUGACGUAUGUUAAAAGAUAUUUUAAAUUCAAUAUUUACAAAAAUAUGGUCAUUAGAGGUCCACUAAAGGUAGUGUAACAUGUUCUUAUAAUCCAUAAGAAUUUAUUGGGAUACAAUUCUGCCCUAAGAUUUGUAGAUGGAAUCAUUCUUGCAUUUACUUGGUGUGAGGUUUGAUACGAGUAUAUGCAAAGAGUAAAGUAAGUAUAUGAUAUCAUGACAUUUUGACAGGGUUGUCAUCUUUCACAACUAAUUCCUCUAAUUUUUUCUUAACAUUUAUAUUCUUCUUUCGAGAAUUUUAUAACUAUUAAACAUUAAUUAAAAAUAUUUAUUAUUAAUAAUAAUAAAAAGAAGCAUUUCACCAACUCCAAAUGGCUGAACCAUCUGCUUCAUCCCUGUCGGAAUAUACGUCCGACAGCUCCACUAAAACGGGCAGCAGUAAUGCUUCGACCCACUCGGGGAACAAAGAUGAACCUGAGAGAGACGAUGGUAGGUUACCUUUAAUACUACUAAAUUCUAUCUAAUAAUGAUGAAUAAGUAUAUCGUUGAAAUCUUAGGUUGAAAUCGGGAAGCUGGACCACUUACUAUACACUUACUAUUUCUUUGAGCUGGACUGAGCAUUGUCAGACUUUCUGUACUGAACGUGUACUUUAUUGACCGUAAGAGGAAAGGGGACGGCCAAUUCGCCAUACGAACGUAGUUCCCAUUUUCCUCUCUUCCUCUCUGAUAUUGAUAAUGAAAAUAUUUUCACAUUAAUUGAUGUAUACUAAUCAUAGCUAUGCCCCAGCGUUUGACUUUUUUCGAUUUUUUUAUUGUAAAAAUUAGGAGCGAAAAACAGAUUUCAUGCAAAUUUUUAAAUGCUCCUAACUCUUAUAAUUAUUAAAAAGUCGAGAUAUAACAAACGUAAGGGCAUAGCUGUGGUUGAUGUGUUAAAAUAUUUUCAAUAAUGUUUAGACUUAGUUUGUACGAAAAGGAGACUUCACGCGGGUCCUCCACAUUCGACUUGAAGUCACCAACACACUAUAGAAACAGGGUCAGGUAGGGCGAUAACGUUUUUCAUGGCUGUGUAACCCAAUAAUAAUUAUCUUAAUCGACAUUCAGUGGAAGGUGAGUUCCUACGGAAAGGUCUGAAUCGAACGUGUUAACAAAUUCACUGCCAGCGCGAGCUACGCGCUACGAGCGUAGCAGAUAACACUGUUUUUCCCGUUUGUAGCGGAAAGUGCCUACGAACAGAGAACCCGCCAAGCGGAUCGCUGGCUGAUUGUGUCGAAAUGACGCGUGAAGUUGAAGAGUAUUAUGAAAAUGAAUGGAAAUUUAUCGUGAUUCCUGCCUAUUUAUCCUUCCCGCAAACAUUAAUGAUAAAUUCGUUAUACGUAUGUAUUUACUUGUACAGCGAAUUUUGCAUCGACACAUUAUGAAUAGAAUUCAUUUAUAAUGUGUGCAAUUACAAAAAUACAAUUUUGCAAUGUUACCCAGCUGUGCCAGUGUGUACUGUGUACCCUGUUAUUAAUCAGUCACUUUCAUUUUCAGGGUCUUCUCCGAUAGAUAUGGAAUGCAAUAUCCAAGCGGACCGUAUUACAAAGUCCUUGGAUAAGUUGGUGUACCAGACGAAAUUGGCUAUGUGCAUUAACACCUUGAUGAAAGACAAUAUCCUGCCCAAAAUUAUGUCGAUGAAACACUUGGACGUCGUUACUUCUACACUUUAUCAGUACGACAGUCCUCUGUAUUCUGAGAGCCUUAUGAACAUGGCAGCCGCGGAAGAUAUCCUGGCGGGAAAUUUUUCAUUAAAAAACCGUAUCAAUCCCGACUUGUGUUUCAUGAUGUACACUCUGUGUAACUACCCAGAGCUGAAACCGCACGUAGAAAGUAUCACGGAACAGUUGAAGAAAGACUUUCCACAGAGAAAUAGCAGAGAACCGAUGCAUGUGUCAUAUUACGAAAAUAUAAAUAAUGUAAACGUAAGUAUAUUUUUGGGUAUUUUGUUUUUAUUGUGUACAAUAAAUACAGUUAUAGAACAGACAAUUUCUUGUAAGUACGCGAAGAUGGCGGCCUACCUACUUAAAUAUAUGAAUGUAAAUUAAAACAAUAAUUUGAGGCUGAACCGUAAGAUAUCAACCAGAUCACAGCAACGCAAAACAUGUAUCUACGCAAAGCAAUUAAUUAUCGAGGUUUUCCAGAGGGUAUACAGUAUGGGGUUCUUCAAAAAAGGAGUGUACAGGCCGCGUAGCCAACGUGCACAUCGUUCACGCUCCGUGGCGAACGAAACGCAACUGUCACAGUCGCACUAAUAUGGAAGUGAUAGAGAGAGAUAGCUACGAUACGCUACGGAGCGUGAACGAUUGUAACGUUGGCUACGCGGCCAGGUUUUUAAAGGGUCGGCAACGCGCAUGUAACAUCUCUGGAGUUGCAGGCGUCCAUAGGCUAGGGUGACUGCUUACCAUCAGGUGGGCCGUAUGCUUGUUUGCCACCGACGUGGUAUUAAAAAAAACAUUAAUUCAUUAAUGUGCAUGGAGGUAACUUCGAAUGCAGGGUAAUUUUGGAAAUUGCAAAUAUCUACUAAACUAGAAGUAGGUAAUUUCUACUUCAGCAAUAGAGAGUCUACCGCGAACACCGAAUUUCGCAAAUGGCAGGUAUCUUUUUCUUUACUCCAAUUAGUGCCCUCAAUUUGCAAACUUCAAUGAGUGGCGUUAUCGGGGUGAUCAAAUCAAAAAAAAAAUAAGUUGACGUCAAUCUCCAAUUCUAAUUUUAUGGUGAUAUUUAACAGCUCUAAAUUUAAAAAAAAAUGCCCCCAAUCGCGAAUACUAAGAGUCACAAAUUGGUAUAGGUACUUGCGUCCGCACCUCCAUUUUAUCGGUAUAACUAUAAUAUUGAGCAUAAUCGGCGAUCGAAAUUAGCGAGCCGAAUUGGCGCUUGAGUCCGCACGGCCUGAUUUGAUCGGACAAUUUAAUCAGCUUGGCGAAAAAUUGUCCCGUCUGAAUUCCACUAAUGUAGCGCGACUUCAAUUAUGGAUUCGCGCGCGAGAACGCAACUCAUGCUAGCAGGUCUGGAAGCAAGCUGCAUGAGUAAGUGUUGCAGUAGCGUAAAUUGGCUAACUAUGAAGUGCUUCGAGUUUAGUAGAUUAAUGUUAGCGAUUUUUUAAAUUAUUCCGCUUCCGACGUUACGCCAAUGCACCUUACUAGACUACAAUGAUCUAGGUCAAAUGCCCCACCGUUGGAUUGAAAUAUCUGCAUAAGUUAGAGGAGUUCCGCGACCUGAUGGUGGUGCAGAUGAGAACUACGGCUGCAGAGGAGAUCUCCGCGAUAAUAAACACGAGGAAGCUUGAGAAAAGUAACAACGAGUGUCUGGAGAAAAUUGGAGAAGACAAAAAAUGCCUUGACGAGGAGAAGACGGAACACGAGCAGAUAAUCCAACAAAAGACGGAAUUGAUAGCGCAACUGAAGCAAGAACUCGCCCUUAGCGACCAUAAAGCGAAUAUCAAGAGGAAAAAGCAAAUCCUUGAUUCUGAACGCCAAAUGGUGCUGGCCACUCGAGCUCACACGGUCAAGUACCAGAUGCUCACAGAGGAGGAGGUCGAGAGUCAAGAUGCUUAUCAGGCCUUGCUCCAUCACAGUCUAAUGGCUGAAAAACAACUGCGAGAUCGUAGAAGGAAAUGUGAAACGCAGCUGCAGUCUUGGCUGCAGAAAUACGACGUGGAAAUGGCUGGUAAGCAAGAAGAACUGGAUGAGCUGAUCAAGAUGCAUGAAGACGAGGUCGAGCAGAUCGAAAACCUGACGAUCAAAUUAGAAGAACAAAACAAAGAGUUCGAGCCACUGAUGGCAGAGAGAGAAGCCGAAUACCACCAGGAAAUGACCGAAAAAUUGAACAAGUUCAUCAUCGAGCACGCCGCGAGGGUCAUACAGACCGCAUGGCGGGAUACUCUGAAGAACCGAGCAGAGAAGAAGAAGUUGCUGAAGUUAAAGAGAAAAAUGGAAGCAGAGAGAGAAGCAGCUGCAAAAAAAGCAGAAAUUGAAGCUAAGAAGGCAGCUUUAGCUGCGAAAAAACAGGCACAAAAGGAGAAGGCUGAAGCAAAGGCAGCAGCUAAAGCUGCCAAGUUAGAAGCCAAAGCUAAUAAAGGGAAAGAAGUGAAAGAAGGGGAGGAAACUCCUGCAGAAGGGCAAGCGGAACAAUAAGAAUUUCUAAUUUGUUUAUAGGAUUAUAGGACCUCUGGUAAGUAUAACCACACUUUAUGGUAUGCCGAUGAUGUACCAUUUUAUGUAGGUAAACUAAUUAGGCAUACAGGCUACACAUUUAAUGUUUAAUGGCAUAACAAUUGCACACAGUAAGAGAGGUAAAUUUUAAUAAAAAUUUGCAGUAUUUUCUCAUUUUCAUACACUCUAAAAUCAAAGUUAAUAAAACGAAUUUCAUUGUAGUUCGAUAUGGAGCGUGAUUUAUUUUUUAAGAUUUGUUAGUGUUUCUAAUAUAAUGUUCCAUUUAUACACUACUAUUUAGAUCGUAAUUUACAAAAGUAAUAUAUGCUAAUAGGUUAUUAAUAUUAAAGUUUUACUUUCUUUUGUUAGAGUCAAUAAAAUAAUAAAUGCAAUA